GAGAAACAAAUUGCAGCAGAAGGUUUAUAUAUAUACGAUGAGAAAACAAGAGUCACUGAUGAAGGUGGUCGAAAAUGGAACGCUGAGAGCAUCAAUGGACACUUGGGUUGGAUCAUAUUUCCAAAUUAGAACACCAAGAGAAGGUCAAGUACGUCAUCGGUUUGGCCUUCCUCAGUCUUCCUUCGAGAUUACUCCACCUUGGACUCCAAUUAUAGUCAGUACUGCUGAUGAGGAUGUCUAUAUGAGAGAGAUGACUCCUUGGAUGGAGGAAUGGAGGGAGAGGACUGCUCAUGUUAUCGGUGAGGAGGAAGAGGAGAGCAUCUCCAUGUCUUUAUAUGAGGAGAAAUAUAGGGUCGUUUUGAGGGAUAUGGCCGCCCUGACAGAUCAUGGUGAGGGAAUGAUGCGACAGCUGGGGACUGCCAAUCUUGGCGGGAAUCAAUUUUCUGGUGAGGAAGUUGCUUCCCUUCGUGCUAAACGUGACUCGACGAUAGAGGAGCGAGAUUUGAUUGCAGAGGAUCUCGAGAGUCUUCACCACGACUUUGAGGGGAUGAGAGGGGCAAAGGACAUGGUAGAAGCAGAGAUGAGAAAGGCGAGGGACAUGGCAGAAGUGGAACGUGAUUCUAUCAAGGAUGAGCUAGAGAGAGUUCGAGCCAAGCUGAACAGAGUACGAGCAGUACCAUCUUCUUUGGUUGUUGUUCCUACCAUUCCUGGACCAUCCCCCGUCCUCAUUGAAGAUUUAGAUAGACGUCUAUAUCGUUAUCGAAUAGAGAGGAAUUCAGCCAGAGAUCGAUGCCAUGAGCUUCUGGUUUUUAUUAUGGAUUUUGAAGUAUAUAUAAAUAUAUGGAUUUCUCCUUUCCUAUUUGUCUUUCCUGUUCUCAUUCUUUCCCCCCCUCCAUUUUUUUUUGUAACUGUCCCAGUUGUGAGGCAUUUGUUUAUCUUUAUGUGUGCAAUUGAUUUGUCGAAGUAA